AUGCCACCUUUCUCGGGAGAUGGAGUGCUGUGGCUCUGUCUUGGCAUAUCAUUGUUCUUUGCCGUUCGGGGUAUCGCCACUGACUUGCGCCAAGUCGUUGAUCUGACAGAGAUCAAACACGUUGAGAAGGAAGACAAGAUAAUUAGUGAAGGAACAGAGGAAGUGCUCAAGCUUGAUACUCUUCUUAAGCUCUCCGAAAGCACAAGCCAUGACCUCCGAGCCGCAGCUUUGCGCAUAAUUUCGGAGCGAUCCACGAAGGGAGAAACACGCGAUUUGCUUCUCGAUGAUGUGGCAUGCAAGGACAAGCUCCGACAAAGCCGGGCGCUAACUGCCCUUCACUUUCUGGUCUCCAAUCGAGCUUUAUCGCGCACAUCGGUAUGCACCCGCCUCCGAGAUAUCCAAACAUAUACAGCUUUGAUAAGCUGUCUCUGCAACUUCCUCGAGGAGCACACCGAACAGACAUCUACAACAAUUUCUCCCGUUCUACCGAAGACCAGGCCAUUGGGAGAGAAGAAAGCCCUUCAAAUUUUAAAUGUUCUUUUACCAGAGAACGUUCCAAGCGCUCUAGAAGCAGGGAUUGUGAGUCGAUGGCUGUGCAAGUAUCCAUUUCCAUGCGCAGUGACUGAGCCAUCGCGCCGGCAGGAUGUGGUGAUUAUGAUGAAAACCUGGUGGUUGGAUGAUACAGUCAUGAGUUCCAUAUUUGGUACAUUGACCACGCAUCCAGAAGGAAUCAAACAGUUACGGAAACAUGGGCUGAUGGGCAGCAUGAUUGAAGAAAAUGACCAAGACGAUGACGAUGCAGAAAGUGAUGUAUGGAUGGAAGAUGGAGAAGAUACAGCUGGUUCAUUCCCCCAUGCUUCGUCACGAAGACCUCGGCAAGGGAGCGCAGAAGACCAAGCACUUCGCCGACGAAGGAGAGAAGCAAUGGUUCUCAGUGAAGGAGGGCGGCCACUUGGACGUGACGACAUUAUUCAGAGGCCGAUUCAAGAUGACUGA